AUGGACAAGAAAAAUAAGAAAAAAACUGUUAUCAAGAGAAAAAGUGAUGAGCCGGUGGAGGGUGAAAAGAAGAGUAAAGUUUUGGUCAAAGCUGAAGAUGAUAAAAAGGUAGAAGUGGUUAAUCAUGUCGUGGAGGUUCCUGUAGAGCAAGGGCAGCAGAUAGUACAUACUGGGCAGUUAGUAGAAGGCAACUUUGAACAACCAGUCUUUGUCAACAUGAAGGGAGAGCCAGUGCAACUUGGCCCAAAUACAGUGAUACUGUAUGAGCAGAAUGGAAAUCCAUCUAAUUUCUCCUUUGGUGGAAUGUGGACAGUGGAUUCAUCUGGUCGUAUUGUUAUGGCGGAGACCAUUUAUGAUGUAAAGGGUGAGCCAGAAGAGGAAGGAGGUACCUCGUUUGUUCAAAAUGCAACAGAGGUUAAUAAUACACAUGUGGAAGAAUCAAGCAACACAUUCCAACAGUUUGAGAUGAAUAGCAAUAACCAAGUUGACAACCAUGAAUAUGAAGUGGCCAUUAUUGAAAACCCAGAAGUGGCUGAGAGGUCAGACUCACAAGUGAUAACAACAGAGUCUCAAUUAAUAGCAACAGGCAGUGGUGCAGUGCGCUGGUUGAAUCAGAAAUAUGACUUUGUUGUUCGGAAACUUCAACUAAAUUAUGAUGCGGGUGUGAAACUCCUCCAUUCGCAGUCGGGUUGCAUUCAAUGUGUGUACUUCACGACGCCGAAUAUGCAAUUGGCAUUCAAUGCGGUGCCGCAAUUUUUAUGCAUUGAGACAGGAAUCGAAUUCAACACGGCAAUACCAAUGGUCGGUGGGACGGGGAAUCCCUCAAUUCGGCAUAAUGUGACAUUGUUUUUGGCUGAAGAUGGAAAUGGCAAAUCCGUUAUAGUCAGUGGUGGUAUAUCAACAUUAAUCGGUGAAGACCUAACAUGGCUGUUGGAAACGUUCAAGUCCUGUAAUCCCGCCUGGAGACAAGUGAGGUGUGUCGUAUGUGAUCCUACGAAGAAUCAACUGUCGGUCCGUGCUGCCUUUCCAUCAUCCCAUGUGUCGUGUUCCGUAUGGCAAGCGUCGAGAGCUCUUGGGAAACUGGUGUCAGCUUCGGAUGAGAUUCAGCUGGCAGCUGAGGAUGUGGCAGCUAGGUGUAAGAUAUAUGCGCUGGCUUUGCUGCGAGGGGAACACACUCCGGCGCAGCUUCAGGUCCUAAAGCGAGGAAUAAUUGGCACCAACGCUGGUGAGCUCUUCAACCGUCCCGGUGAACCCAUCACCAAAUUGGACGAUUGGCUGGAACAGGAUAACUACACUAAUAUAUUGCAUAAGGGUUUAGAGCGUCUCGUUGGUAAAUUUAGCAGCCUCAUACGAAGCUUCAUGCAGCCAGAUGACUUUGUGUCUCUUUUCUUUAAUGUCGCUAACCAACUGGAAGAAGAGAGGAGGACUUUCGCGCUUAAUAGGUUGCGGGACACAGAAACAUUGAAGCAAUCGCCGACGGACACGAUAACUCAGUACGCGUACAAUUUGAUGAGCCAUCAGACGAAGCUCGCCCAAAAGUGUCUGGAUGAGAGGGGUGGCAGACGUCACAGUAACGCAGCCAUUUGCAAGUACGGGACCUCGACCCAGGAGUGUUCCUGUCUCUUCAGCAAGGUCUUCCGGCUGCCGUGCAGACAUAUUCUCAUGCUCACGACUGAACUCAAGGUGAAAACCCAUAUACCGUUCGAACCGCGUUGGACGGUCCAACAUUGUCUAUUCGGAUGCGAUAGUGCCAACAACACUCCAACCACCACGGCGAGUGGGACAUAUAUGGAACAAGUGGUUGUUGAGAGUGAUUCAACGCGGACGACGCAGCAUCAACAAAUACAUCCCGUCAGACAACAACAAUAUGUGCUAGCCACGCCCGGACAAGCGGCCACGCCAGUCUCACAGGUGAUAUUCUGCGGUGGUGGGGUCAACAACGUGGGUGGAGCCGCUCCGGUGAUCACGUCGGUCCUCCCGGCAGGGGGCGCUGUACUCACGCCGCACCACGCUAUACACCAAUGA